CUUGAACUCAGAGAGGAAGCAAGCAGCCCACUUCCUAUCGUCAUGGUAACAGCAUGUGAAUGCGUUGAGCCAGAGCGGCGAGCUAGAGAGAGACAGCGAUAGAGUGGGAACAGCAUCACACAGCACGGCUCGGUCUCCAGAGCGAAUGAAAGGUUGUUGAUUUUACAAGAGCAGGAGCUAAUGGAAUAUCUCUGCAACCGAUUAAUGGAAGAGUGCUGAACUAAAAUCGAAGAUGGAAAACACAACCUUGGUUUGUUCUGGCCAAGGCUGGUGCGGGCCGAACAUCUCCACCUUUUCAUCCGAGUGGGAUGAUAACGUGAACUCCUUUCUGAUGGCACCUGACGUGAUCAAACCCCCUCCACAGUUCCAGGAUCCAGAGGAGCCGAGCCAGGCAUCACCCACUGAAUCCGCUGCCGUGAUAAGACGAGAUAAAGAUUGCGUGAAGAAAGAGCGUAGGAGUAGACCAUCCAGCAACAUAGAGCUCCACAGACGCUCCUUGUCACUUUCCACCACUGUCAAUUCCAACCCAGCAGUGGCCCGGCGCAGAUGCGAAAGCUAUGCACUUUCAUAUCCCAGCAGCAGCUCGGAGGACAGCGGAAGCGACAGCACCUCUGCGAGGAGGGGAGAUCGACUUCCAGAUGCAGUGCCACGAUCUAGAUCCCGGAGCAUUGUCCUCAAGAAGGCCAAAAGGAAACCGGCUCCACCUGUACGAACGGUGUCACUGCAAAGACUCGCGGCGGAGAAGUAUUCAGAACACAAAUUACAAGGACUUCAUCUGAAAAAAGAUUCCCAAAACAUCAUAACACUGCCAGAUCUCAUUCCAACCUCGAAGCAAGAAGUUGGGAAGACCAAGAAACCAUCUCCCACAGCUGAAGCACCUGGCAAGGUGGUACUGAAGACGUCCGUCUCUAGUCACCGAGCACUAAAUGAGCUUCGAUCCAGUGAACCAUGCAGGUCGGGCUUGGGCCCGUCUAUGGCAACUCCAAUAAACGAGGGUACCCUUGGUAAUUCUGAAAUGAACACAUCCCCAUCUUCUUCCCACUCCUCGCCCUCACAGCCUUCCAUUUCUUCCCCUUCCAAACGCUUCGGGUCGAACUCGCCAUCGAGUGGCUAUGCAAGCCAAUGUGAAACACCCACUCAAUCAGUCCUGUCCUCAGUUACCGCAGGACCUUCUCAGCUGGCCUGCAGAAUGCGCCAUAAGCCUUCCAGUGUUAUCCCUGGACAAAGGGCAAGAAACCGCAAUGCGAGGCUAUCUCUCCAGCUUCCUGAAAUUCAGCAGCAUGCUCCUGAACCAGAACCGGUUCAGCUGAAAGUUAACCGCCGUUAUUCGGACAGCACUGAAGCCACCAGACCCAAGCAAAGGAUGAGUAACAGUUUGCUGAUCAUGCCCGUGGUUACUCAGGAGGACCUGAACAAUGUGCGUUUGCGUUCGGUCAGCAGCUCUGAUCUUGAGAAUGCACAGGAAACUACAACGGACGUCAUCGAGGAGGAAACUGAAAGGGGUGGGAACUCUUCAAGCCCCACAAACCACCAAAAGGCCAAACCUCCAGUGGCUCCCAAGCCCCAGAGAAAUAAAUGGCCACCCACCAAGCCAGUCGUACCCAGCGAGAGACCAGAAGACGUUUACGCAAUGAUUAACAAAGCAAAACCUGCAGUGACUGCACCAUCAAAAAGUACUGAACAAGCACAUCAGAGGCAGCAGAAGGACUGCCACUUUUUGGAAGGACAAUCUCCGCAUCCAAUGACAGAGUCUCGUCAGCCACAACCCCCAGGCACUUUUGAACCGCAGAAACCAAAUGUGCUCCCCUUCAACACAACCACCUGUUAUAACCAACAUGAAAUUCAUAAGAAGAGAAGAGCCCCACCACCUCCUCUGACAAAAACACCAUGUGUGGAUAAUUCACUUUAUUAUAACCCAGCUGCUCAGAAAAGCUCAGAUGAUCCCUUGUCUCCAAGCAAACUCUGCAAGUCUCCAAAGUCUCCGAUGUCUGCAAGUCAAUAUCAUGUUACCCUAUAUGGCGUCAUUCCUUCUUACCCUAUGGUCAUUGAACAACAGGACUCAAGUGCGCCAGAUCAUCCAACUUACGAUGUAGAGAAGAGGGACAGAAUGCCUGACCUUGGACCUCUACAACUGGUUGGAGAGGAAGACGAUGUGUUUCUUUACAAGUCCAAAUCUCAAACAACGGAGGACCUGUUCACCAUAAUUCACAGGUCUAAACGAAAGCUCCUGGGUCGUAAAGACUCCUUUGAGAGCAAGCAGGGAGACCCGGGCACUCAGACGCUCGGCGGCGGAGCUUCCAAAAUCAGUUCUCAAAAUGACAACUUCAUGGCUUUUCUGAGAAGGACAAGAAGUGCCAAGGCUAGCUGCGGCGAACGGAUCUCCGCCACAGAGCUCCUCAGAAGCUCCAAGCCCACGGCUACCAUUGCAGCAAACAUGACACACUGCAAAAAUAGCUAUGUACAGUCACAUGGUCCGUGAAGCAUCUUCUUUUCUCAGUCGUGUUUUAUAUCUAAACUAGUUUGUGACAAAUGCCAUGUUAAGGUUUCUGUAAUAUUGGCUUGUAAAUAUUUGCUUUUGUUUUGAUCUAUAGUAGAGUACUAAGAAGUUUAAAAGUAUAUCUUCCUGAAACACGAAUGUUGUUUUGAAUGUUGUUGUGAAUAAUAACACAUUUGUAAAUUCAAAUACAGCUCUAUGUGUUCAUGUAAAUAUAAAUGUUUUAAGAGUUGAGAUGCUAUCCUGAGAAAAUAUUACAGUUAUAGUCACAAAGUUACUGAAUAUUAAAGCAUAAAUAAUUUGUUGUGUUUGAACUUCCUGCCUUCCAUAACGAAGCCGACUAUUGUAUAUCAAUGACUGUUUUAAAGAUGUUCUGCUGUAGAUUUGCACAUGUUCAGUAUAUUAAAUUACUUUUCGGAA